GGUCAGAAACAGAGAUUCAAUGCUUACAAGUUGCAAUAGAAAUAAAAAAUAUAGCCAGCACAGCAGCAUAAUCUUCUCUACCUGCUGAGAUUUUAUUCUGACUCUCAACUCAAUAGUGUGUGCGAAAAAGCAAACCAAAAUCUUGGCCCUCCUGUCCACAGGUUACUCUUUCAUUCCCGACUUCUAGUUGUAGUUUAACCAUUGACACGUAAAGAACUCUUCGGAUAUUGUGGAUACGUGUUUUUUUUCAUUUUUGUCUCAUCUGUUUCGUACGAGUAUUUGAAAAAAAGUAACGGACAAUUUGGGAAUCCGGUUUGAUUUAGGAGUAAUCUGUGUGCAGUGGCACAUUUUUAUUUUUAUUCAUUACUAUGGAAGAAUCUACAUUUCAAAUGAAAACUUUACAAGACUACGAAGUUAUAUCGGUAAUUGGGAGUGGUGCUUUUGGAACGUGUUUCAAAGUGCGCGAUAAAGACAGUGGCGAAAUCUAUGCCUGGAAGGGUAUGGAUUAUGAUGAACUCAGCGAAACAAAAAAAGAAUCUUUGAUAUCAGAAAUUAAUGUUUUAAGACAACUGAAACAUCCAAAUAUCGUGCAAUAUCAUCAUCAUAUCGUUAAUCAUGAAACAAAGUCCAUAUUCAUUGUCAUGGAAUGCUGUGAAGGUGGUGACCUAUCACAACUUAUCGACAAGUGCCGCAAAGAAAAGUUGCGUUUUGAAGAGAAAUACAUUUGGAGGAUACUUUUUCAAAUUUGCAAAGCCUUACAAGUUUGUCAUAAUAAAAUCAAAGAAGGUACAAUCCUUCAUCGGGACAUAAAACCAGCAAACAUAUUUUUAGACACCGAAGGCAAUGCAAAACUUGGAGAUUUUGGAUUGGCUCGUGUUCUACGAAGAAAUGAGAGCUUCGCUGAGACUUUUGUUGGAACACCAUACUAUAUGAGUCCAGAAAUUGUCAAGGGAUCUAAAUACGAUCGAAAAUCAGAUGUCUGGGCUGUGGGUUGUCUUAUUUACGAAAUGUGCUCCCUUCGUCCACCUUUUAAGGGACGAAAGUUUGAGCAAUUAUCGAAGAAUAUUUCUGGAGGAAAGUACAAUUGUAUUCCUAGUUGUUACUCGAGUGACAUGCAAGAAAUAAUCUCGUUUAUGCUUGAGGUGGAAAAUGACUCCAGCCCCAGCAUCGAUAUUAUUACACGACAUCCAGUUUUGAUAAGAAAUAUUGUUGAUAUUCCAAAUGAAUUUCCUAAAUUAAUAACAAUCGAGGAAGUCGAAGAAGAUUCCAAAUGGAAACUGACCUUUACUCCAAGAGAAGAUCUCUCCAGCACAGCAUUAACUCACUUGACUGUAAAUGAAGAAGUUGAUAAACAUGUAACAGGAGUAUCAACACCUGUAUUGCGUUCAGAAAUAUUCAAUUCGACUAGAAGACGAAUCAAUCCUCGAACUCUUAAUUGCUCUGAUCCAGAGCUUUAUGAGAGUAUACGUGAAAUUGAAACAGAAGGUGAACCCACCAUUAAGCCCACAACAAAGGGCUACAGUCCAACGGUUAUUACACAGACAAUUUUCGAAAAGACACUUCAAGAUCGUUUGCAUGCUAUUCGGGCUCAUGAGAGCUUACUUAAACACAGAGAAGCAAAUAUUCUGGUGCGUGAGAAAAAUUUAAAUGAACGCGAGAAACGUAUUCAAGAAAUGGAGAGAAACUUGGAAGCGAAACAAGCAGCAGUGGAACUUAUGUCUAAGCGGAUAAAGAAUGAAAGGAAACCUAAACCUCUUCCUCCUCGUCGGACAUUGUCAACACGUAAUAUUGCUCCAGUUAGAGAUUGCAACGAUACGUAUUGCAGUAUUGAACCUAACGAUACUGUGCUACCACCAACUGUUGCAAAACUCAACUUUGCAGCUAUGCCACCACCAAAAUCUCUCGCACGAAAAGUUACCUUUAAAUCUCCAAAGAAAUUUACAAAAUAUGACAUUGAAAAUAUUCCACCAGCAGCAACGAAUGGUGGACGUGAUUCUAAAUGCAGUACACUUCGAUCUAGUGUAUCGUCAAAAACAAGCGAAGAAUCUGAUGGAGGUCAUAGUCAUAAAAGAAAAUCAAUUCUUUCAAUUUUUGGUCUGAACAAGGUAAAUAAGGAUAAUAAAUCAACAACAAAUCAACAAGAUCAUAAAAGUUCCAAUGAGAUAUUGGAUAAAUGCCAGCCAGAAGAGUUAUCUUCAAUGUGGACUUCGGAAAAUAAAAAGGCUGCAUUCGAUAUGCUGGCAGCUAUGAAUGCUGCUGCUGAGAAAUUUGGAAGUAAUGAUGUUGAACAAAUUAAUUCUAGGAAAUGUCGCCAAUCAGUACACGAACGAGGAGGUUCAUUGAGACGAAGUCAACUUAUUCGAAGGUCAGUCAUUGGAUUAUCUACAGGAUUGACGAAGCUACCUGAUCAUGGAUCUCGAAUAAUUGUUUGAAGGUUUUUCAUUUUAGUUUGUUUAAUCUUUGUAUUUGUGUAAAGGCAAUAAAAAUGUAAUUAAGCUUUGUGUGAUAGAUGGAAAUGUGAUUUAAGGGAUAUUCCCAGGUUGUAAAAUAAAGAAAAAAGAAAAUACAUGUUUUAAGGUCAUAGUAAUUAUUGAUGUAAUUGUGCUUGAAUAAAAAGAAUUUGUAUAUUAUAUAAAUGUACCUUUUGAAA